GACCACAGGCGGGGAAAGCCUUCCCUCACUCACACUCACCGAGUGAACGGCGUCUCGCUCUCUGCUGGCUCCCGACUGAGCCUCGCGCAAGACAAACAGACGCUCGGAACACCAGCGACACGGCGCUUGCUUGCGUUGAACAUGGCUGAUACAAGUUUGAACGAGUCGUCCACCGAGGACGUUGCUAAUAGGUUUGCUCGCAAAGGCGCCCUGAGGCAGAAAAACGUUCACGAAGUGAAGAACCACAAGUUUACAGCCAGGUUCUUCAAGCAGCCGACUUUCUGCAGCCACUGCACGGACUUCAUCUGGGGCUUUGGAAAGCAAGGAUUCCAGUGCCAAGUUUGCUGUUUUGUGGUCCAUAAGAGGUGCCAUGAGUUUGUCACAUUCUCCUGUCCAGGAGCUGAUAAGGGGCCAGACACAGAUGAUCCCCGAACGAAACAUCAAUUUAAGAUCCACACCUUUGGGAGUCCGACCUUCUGUGACCACUGUGGCUCUCUGCUGUACGGCCUCAUCCACCAGGGGAUGAAGUGUGACACGUGCGAUAUGAACGUCCACCAUCAGUGCGUCAUGAACGUGCCCAGCCUGUGUGGGACUGACUACACAGAAAGGAGGGGGCGCCUUUUCCUCAAGUGUGAGGUCACCGGAGAGAAGCUGCAGGUCACAGUUGGUGAAGGCAGGAAUCUGAUACCCAUGGACCCCAAUGGCCUGUCUGAUCCAUAUGUCAAACUCAAGCUCAUACCUGAUCCCAAAAAUGAGACCAAGCAGAAGACCAAAACCAUCCGCUCCAACCUCAACCCCAAAUGGGGCGAGACCUUUACCUUCAAACUGAAACCCACAGACAAGGACCGCAGGCUGUCUGUGGAAGUGUGGGACUGGGAUCGGACAACCAGGAAUGAUUUCAUGGGCGCCCUUUCUUUUGGUGUGUCGGAGCUCAUGAAGGCUCCGGCGUGUGGCUGGUAUAAGUUGCUGUGCCAGGAGGAGGGGGAGUAUUACAAUGUUCCCAUCUCAGAGGAGGAUGAUGGGAAUGAAGAACUGAGAUUGAAGUUUGAGAAAGCCAAGCUGGGCCCUGCAAAGAAGGCUGCAACCGAGACAGAUGGCAGUCCAUCCAGCCAGCUCCCAAUCAACAGCUUGGACCAGGUCAAACUCAGUGACUUCACCUUCUUGGCUGUACUUGGGAAAGGAAGCUUCGGCAAGGUCAUGCUGGCAGAGAUGAAGGCCACGGAAGAGCUGUACGCAAUAAAGAUCCUGAAAAAGGACGUAGUGAUUCAGGAUGACGAUGUGGAAUGUACCAUGGUGGAGAAGAGAGUACUGGCCCAGGAGGAGAAACCGCCCUUCCUCACGCAGCUCCACUCGUGCUUCCAGACUGUGGAUCGUCUUUACUUUGUCAUGGAGUAUGUGAAUGGAGGAGACCUCAUGUAUCACAUCCAACAAGUGGGCAAGUUCAAGGAACCGCAGGCAGUGUUCUAUGCAGCAGAGAUCGCUGUUGGUCUCCUCUUCCUUCACAAUAAAGGAGUCCUCUAUAGAGACCUUAAGUUGGACAACGUGAUGCUUGACAGUGAGGGACACAUUAAGAUUGCUGACUUUGGCAUGUGUAAAGAGAACAUGUCAGAUGGAGUGACCACUCGCACCUUCUGUGGUACUCCAGACUACAUCGCCCCUGAGAUUAUUGCAUAUCAGCCAUAUGGACGCUCUGUGGACUGGUGGGCUUAUGGAGUGCUUCUAUAUGAAAUGUUAGCUGGACAGCCUCCUUUUGAUGGAGAGGAUGAAGACGAGUUGUUCCAGUCCAUUAUGGAGCACAACGUGUCCUACCCAAAGUCCUUGUCCAAAGAGGCCGUUUCUAUCUGCAAAGGGCUAAUGACCAAGCAUCCGUCCAAGCGUUUGGGCUGCGGCCUUGAAGGAGAGCGGGAUGUCAGGGAACAUGCCUUCUUCAGACGUAUUGACUGGGAACGCCUUCAGAACAAGGAGAUACAACCGCCCUUCAAGCCCAAACUGAGUGGCAAAGGAGCCGAGAACUUUGACAAGUUCUUCACACGCACGCAGCCUCAGCUCACACCUCCCGACGAGCUGGUGAUCGCCAACAUCGACCAGGCCGAGUUCGCAGGCUUCUCCUUCAUAAACCCACAGUUUGUACACCCAUCGCUCAACAACAGCGAAUGAGCGGGAUGGCCAAACGCCUCACCCCCUCCAUGCCCGAACGUGAAAGAUCUCUACUCACUGCCAUUCACUAAAAAAAAAAAGCAACAGCCUAACAUAUGACCACCACUUGACAUUACAAAACUUGACGUAUCAUUGCUAAUCACAAGCAGGAUUGUAGGGCAUGCUUAUUUAUUUUCUGUGGUAUAUUUUGCAGUCUUGAUUACGUUUGAUUUAGACUCUGCCGCCACAAGAAGUCAUUUAUUUUAGUUUAAUCAUGAGCAUGUAUUGUGUACAAUGAUGUCCUUUUUAUUGAAAGUUUACUCCAAAACUGGACGCACUGAGACAAAAUAGUGUUUAUCAAUGCCAGUAUAUGAUGUAAGUAAAGGAUUACAUUAAUUUGUGGCUAUAUAUUAUCGAAGCAAGACCAUUUCAAAGGAGCGUAGAAAGCAUGGGUUCAUUCUGUAGAAGAUGCAUGUACUGUAUGACUUAUUUAAGAAGUAUUCUCAUCCACACAUACGUCUAGUUGUUGGCUCAUACUUUGUUUUUUCAUGAAGAUUUAAGAAUAGCCUGACGGUACCUCCUGCCCGGGGGAACAAAGCUAUCAUAGCCAAAUAUGAAGGAGAGAUGGUGCAAACAUUGAAAAAGCGCCUUGUGAUUCAAUGUUCCUUUAUCAUGUUUACAGCUUUCUGCCUGUUUAAUUUAUUUGUCUGUAAGAUUUUAGUAUCAUUUGAUUGUCGCAAUUGCCAGUGGUGGCAAAAUUGAGGUCAUAUUUUAAUACAAGAUGCAUCAGAGCCUGAAAAAGAGCCAUUAUGUUUUGCCACAACUAGCUCCAAAUUACAAAACCCUACUAAACUUCAAAUCACUUCAUUUCUCUGCAGAACAUACAAUCGCUUAAUAAUUCUUUGUACACAUUUAUGAACCCUUAUGACUCUUAACUCACCGGACGCAAUUACAUUUUGUUUAUGCCUUUAAAAAUAAUUACUAAAAGUUUACACUGUGACUCCAACUGUCUCGAAAAAUUACUCAGAAGUACAAAUCCUGCUCACAGUAAACAAAAAAAAAAUUUAAAAUAAUAAUAAUAACUUUAUUAUAUAUGAUUUUAAAUUAUCAUCCUUGUCAUCAAAAUAUACAGAAUUUAAUAAUAUAAUAUACAGGAUGGUUUCCUGGAUACAGUAGUUACUGGAUAAUUAGGACGCAAUGUUUCCGAUGUUGUCCGUAAGAAAACAAAUAUUUAUUAGAUUUAUUUCAAAGGUAGAAUAGGGUAUCUUUUUUUUGUUGUUUCUUGUUUUUGGUUUCAGAGCUAUGAAUGUUUGUAUCACCCCUAUCUUUUUUGUAAUUAGAAAUUAGAAUUGAUCUAAAUCACUGUAUAACUCAUUUUGUAAAUAAUAAUUAUGGGCUAUUUAAAAAGAGUCGAGCAAAUUUUUAUACUAGCAUCUAAAUCAGAUUUUCUUACAUUGUUAAGAGGAUCCACAGAUAAAGUGCAGUUCAACAGUGUAACAUCUUCAAACGAAAGUGGACAAAACAUUGCAAUUUCCUCAUUUAGAAUGAUUUAACACUUUUUAUUUUCAUUUGAUGUGUUGGACGAGCAUGCACGUGUUAGCGUCGCACAGCGUCGCACAUGAACGUGAAUCAUUCAAUGCUGCAUGCCACCAAAAUGUAGUACUCAAUUAAACCAUAAAGUGAUUUUAGAUUCCGGGCCCACAAUUUAAGCAAUUUCAAGUAUUUAUUUGUUUAUUUUUACAUAAUUUGGGCUUCCAGCUGAUAAAACCGACGAAAUCAGGAAUUCAAACAAUGAGAAUAGUGAGAAGAAAUCAGCAUUUAAUUAUCUGUUUUUGUAGAGAGAGAGAAAAAAUUAGGGUCACAUUAAUAAAACAUUAAAAUAUGGGACUUUCAAAACGAUACGUUAAUCUUCAACACUUGGUUGGUAAUCCCUUUGCUUUAAUCACUGCCUCGAUGCGCCGUGCCAUUGAGGCAAUCAGCCUGUGGCAUUGCCUGGGAGUUAUGGAAGGCCAGAUUUUAGUUCUUCUGUGUUUUUUGGGUCUGGUGCCCCUCAUUUGCUUCGUGAUAACACACCCAUAGAUUCUCAAUAGGGUUUAAAUCCGGCGAGUUGGCUGGCAAGUCGAGCACUGUGACGGCAUGGGCAUCAAACCAGGUUUUGGUGCUUCUGGCGAUAUGGGCAGGGGCCAGGUCCUGCUGGAAGAUGAAAUCUGCAUCUCCAUACAGAUCCUCAGCAGAAGGAAUCAUGAAGUCCUCUAAAACAUUCUGGUAGACUGUUGCGAUGACCUUGGAUUUAAGAAAGCAGAGUUUACCAACACCUGCACUGGACAUUGCACCCCAAAUCAUGACGGACUGUGGAGAUUUCACACUGGACCUCAAGCAGCUUGGCUUCUGUUCUUCACCCGUCUUCCUCCAAACCCUUGGACCUUGAUUCCCGGAUGAAAGGCACACGUUACCUUCAUCGGAAAAGAGGACCUUGGACCGCUGGCCAACAGUACGGUCCUUCUUCUGGUUGGCCCAGUUGAGACGCUUCCUAUGUUGGUUCAGUCUCAGAAGUGGCUUGGCCCCGGAUGCGUCUGAAUGUGGUGGUUUUUGAAGCUGUGACUCCCGCCUCAUUCCACACUGAUAAUCCGCUCAAGCCCAUGGUCAUCUCUUUUGCUGGUGCAUCUUCUCCUGCCACAUUUUGUCCUUCCACGAGACUUUCCAUCGAUAUCCUUGGACACAGCACUCAGUGAACAGCCAGCCUCCUUAGCUGUGAACCUUUGUGGCUUACCCAUUCUAUGGAGGGUCUCAGUUGUCAAGUCUACAGUCUUCCCCAUAUUGAAUCCAACUGAGACAAUUGAACCUAACUGAAGCAAUUUAAUGACACCUGGGGAAACCCGUGCAGGUGCUUCGAGUUUAGGAGGUAAUUAGUGUGUGACACAUUUAUGGCUUGCAAAAUCUGGGCUGAUUUCUUCAGUCUUCUAAUGUUUUGAAUUCGUGAUUUUGUGGGUUUUUUGAGCUGGAAGCCCAAAUUAUGUAAAAAUAAACAAAUAAAUACUUCAAAUUGUUUAGAUUGUCGGCCCUGAAUCUAUAAUCUAUGGGAGUUUAACCUUUUGAAUGGAAUUAUGGAAAUGAAUAAACCUUUCCAUGAUAUUCCAAUUUUUUGGAAAGGGUCUGUAUAUGUUUUGUUGUAUGUUCGAGGCUGGGAAGCGCUGGGAGCACUCGAAAUUCCGACUUUAAUGGAAGUUGUACACACCCGGCACCGCGUCACGCCAUCAACUCCCACUCCCUACACCAUAAUCACAUGGGGAUGGUUGCCUUUGUUCUUUAAAUGUAGCAAUUACUCACAAUACAGUGUUAUUUUAUUUGUUAGUUUCAAACCAAGCACGCAUUUGGCUUAGCUCUGGUGGGCUCUGUUAAUCGUUUUGAAAUGUUGAGUCGCUCGUCUCACAAGAAGAAUAUUGAGAAUCUACACAGACAGAAAUAUUAAACGGCAUUUGCUCCAACCUGAGGUGUAGGUAGAUUAAAAAAUAAAAUCUAAAUAAAAAAAUUGUUUAAAAUUAUGCUGUGUGUGUGUAUAUAUAUAUAUAUAUAUAUAUAUAUAUAUAUAUAUAUAUGACUGGUCGUUGUCGUCCCCCACCACUGUUCUAAAAUCCUAUCUGCGUCCUUGCUCCCCCCAAAAUCCCAAAAAUCCAACAGUUUUAAAGACUUGCACCAGUUUCAAUCAAAUAGAAACUUCUCACGUUACUUCUUUAUGUUUGGUAUUUCUAAUAUAUGUAUACGAUUUGAUCAGGUUUUUUCUUUUUAUUAUUUUUUGGGGGGUGGAGGGGGGGGGGGGGUGGAGUGGGUGGUGAGUGUGACUUUUAGCACACAGCCCCAGUUCUUCACUUAGACCAGCACAAUGUGUUGUUAUGAGAAUUUAGUAGCAUUUCAUGAAUUAAAAGCACUGAAAUAAUAAUUAAUUUAAAAAAGUUCACUGACAAUGAACCUGAUCAUAGUCAAUUAUAUCAUUUUUGUGGAAAGUAUCAAUAAAAAAAGGCAUAUUUAUUAACAUUUUGUUGUUGAAUCGUUCCACCGAUUUGUAUUUCGUUAGGUAAAUGUAACAUGGUUUAUGUUAGCUAACAUGAAUUUAAUAUUGUUCUUUUAACCAACAGAAUACAAUUGUGUGGAAACAGAUGACCAUAAGAAUGUUUAGAGUAAAAACAUAGAUUUGUACAGUGUUUACUUUUAUUUGUAAUAUCCUGAGUGCAAGGUCUGCCUCUUUGUGGAGCUUCACAAAUAUUCAGAGCUCGUGCGUGUUCUCAAUUUGUCCAACUUGCUACUAAAUGUUUAUGACAACGCCAGCGACCCCCUUUUAGGUCACAAACUCGUGAUUUUGUGGCUUUAUUUUUUUUCUUUAAACAAAUGCGCCGACUAGAUCUGGUACUGUUAAACACUUAAACAUUGUGAUUCUUAGUGCUCCUUUAGCACUGCUUGUUAUGUCACUAUAAACCAGUGGGACCACUCGCUAAUGUCUCAUUAAUGGGGUUCAUAAUCGCAAAUGUUGUUUGUUAUUUUGUCAGUUUUGCUUCUGUGGCCAUUGUCAGUUAUCUCUCCUGCUUCCUCAGGCAAUGCAAGAAUGUUUGAAAACAAUAUGUGACAUAUCUGAUAUACAGUGUAUAGAAAAUCAUCUUGCAUGUGCCAAACAAAUGUGCUAGAGUUUACCUGACUAGCUUGUCACAUUCACGCACCAGACAAACAACAUAAAGUACACGGUGCUUCCAUUUGCCUCCUGACUAGCCUCAAAGCCUCAGGCUGACUUUGGGCUGAACACAUUUCAACACGUGAAACAUAUGAUUGAUUUGACAUCCACGUGGAAUAUAAGUGAGGCAAAGUAUACCUUGUGGAGCACAACAACUUGAUGCUUUUUCUGAGUUGGCCCUAUUCAGUAACAAUCAUUCAGUAGUCCAAUAGUAUAGCAGUCCAUCCACAAGGAUGGACUACUAUUCAGUAGUCCAUCCUUGUAGUUGAAGCCCAUGCCUUGCUUCCCAAUAUGCUUUCUUCACAGAAAAAGUCCAACUCGUUGAAAUGCCAGUCAGUGUGAACAUGGAGCAAAGAAUUCAAGCUCUCCCUGCAUGUGUGCCUUUCCCAACUUCUUUCCUUUCCUGUGGUUAUGUGCAACUUUCUUCAGUUUGAAUUCUAACAUCAUCACAUGGUGUUCCAUGCCACGUGCGAGAUGAGCGGCCAUGUUGGCCACUAAAUACUAAGCUUUUGAGUUGACCAAUAUAAAAUUUGGUUUGCUGCUUCGGCAUUUUUAAUGAAUAUUUUGACAUCUUAUACUGAAAAGUAAUAACCAUUUUCCCAACUUUUACUGGACAAUAAAUAACAUUGCAGAUGUUGGUCCUCAGCUUUCCCAUAACCUUUUCAAUACUAUUCUGGCUCAUGAGAACAAUAUGGACGCAAAACUGAACAAAUACUCAAAACUGAAGCAGCAAACUUGAGUCAUUGUAUAAUUUGUGUGCUUCUCUUACAUUAACCCGCAUUCCAUCACUGCAAUGAAAACAUAUUUCUCUGCGUUGUCGUUUUAUAACAAAGAAAACGUGAUUUUGAUCAGAUCUGAAAAUGGAACCACUAAAUGUGGAUAUAAAUGCUUUUUGUUGGACAGUGAUGAUAUGCAUGUGAAUGGCUGGCAGGGGAAUUAAUAAACUAAGCUAGUGUAAAAAUAUGCAAGAACAUGUUCAAUAGCUCAUUUUAGGGACAUAGAAAAGGAAGCCGCUGAUACGUGUGAAAAGAAAACCGAAAGUGGUAAGUGUGUUUUUUUUGUUUGUUUUUUUGCCUAGUUGAAUCUUCUUUGAAGGAUCCUUCUCGUUCUUCACAUUCAACUCACCUCCCAACAACUUUCUGCCAUCUUAUGCUCCAUCCUCAUUGCCUGUGUCUCGUUAAUCCAUCACCCUAUCGGCAGUUUCCACACAUAUAGCACCUGUUUAGGGGUCUUUUGAUUUCCUCAAUUUACACAUGCAUGCACCCACACACACAGCAUGUAAAUUGUCAACUUUUUCCUUUGUUGUUCUAAAUCCCUGAACUAGAUUUUAACAGCCAUGGACAUCUUGGUGUUUUGCAUUGUUUACAUUUGAGUCUUUUUUUCUGAAUUUAAUUAUGGGCAGAUACUAGUGAAGUCAUCUUGAUUGUAAAGUGUGAGUGAGUGAUCUAUUUUCUUUCUUACACGACUGCUCCUUUACUGUAGGUGCGUGAUAAGGCUUUAGCUAAAUCCUGUGGUCCUUUCAAGGAAAUUAGUUAAUGCGAGUUAAGAGAGGUGAAGGACGUGUCAUCUUUUUGAAUGGGGACAGGAAUGCCUUUUUGCCGAACUCAUUACACAAUCUCGAACUGUCAUUUUUCAAAAACAUCUUCCAGUAAAUGCCUAUGUAGAUAGUAAAUGAAGGAUUACUCUGUCUUGUGCAAAUGUUUGGUCUUUUUCCUUGUCAGCCUGAAACCUUUAAAAUGACAGAGCAACCUACCUUGUAACUCUGAUUGUGUCAUUUGUACCUAAUGUAUGAUAAUGCAAAUAAAAGUAAGGAAACUGAAGUUCA